AUGGAGACGCCGUGCUCCGUCGCGGCUUCGGCCUUCGAACCGGGCGAGGAACCCGUGUCGAGUUUCUUCUCGCGCUCCGCAUUCUCCACCUUCCCCUACCGAGACAUCGCUGAGCCGGCUGUGUCUGUAGCUUCUGAGGCGGCGCAAACAGAGAAACGUGAAGGCCGGAAAUUCCCCGCUUCGCUCGCAGACCUCUUCUCUCUGGAGCGGCAAACGCGAGCCUUCCUUGCUCCCGCCCUCUCCUCUCUCGGUCUCCUGCGCUCGGCAACUGCCAAAGACGAGCCAGAAAAGACCCGAGGCUCUGUCGCAGGCUCGCCUCCCGCCUCGCCCUCGGCCGCCUCUGGCGACUCCGAGGGUGUCUCCGCUCUUCUGCUCCCCGAAGGCUUCUCCCUGGCCUCGACCUUCGCUUCGGACUUGUCCCUCUCGCCAGACUCGCAACCGUCGCCACUGCGCCGCCUGCAGCUCCACUCGGAGACGCCCGCGAAAGAGGCAGCGAACGUUCCGCCCGUCUGCCUCGUCGUAUGCGUUCACGGCCUAGCCGGCGUGAGCUCCGAUUUCCAGUUCACGCAAAGUGUCCUGAACGAACGCGCGCCGCACAUCCGCGUCCUCGUCUCCAGGGCCAACACCGGAAAAACUUUCGACGGCGUCAAGAGAGGCGGCGAACGCCUCGCGGACGAGAUUCGCCAGGAAGUAGCGCGAUUCCCGUCUCUGUCCUACAUUUCCGUGAUCGGCUUCUCUCUCGGCGGUCUCUACAUGAGGUACGCGGUUCGCCUCCUCUACUCGCCGUCUUCCGCGUCCGCGCCGGCUACAGUCUGUGGCUUGAGGCCUCUGUGUGUAGGUACAGUGGCGUCUCCGCAUCUGGGAGUGCGGCGCUUCAGCUACCUUCCCGUCCCCGAGGGUUUGAUGCGCCCGCUGCUGUCUUCCUACUUUCUCCUCACGUCGCACCUGCGGGCUCGAAGCGGCUCCGCGUCUGCUGUGUGUCUGGAGCGCGGCGAGGAGACAGAGAACGAGGCGGAGGCGUGCCUCGUUGGACGGGAGGCUGUUGCGGCGGACUCUCCAGAGGCCUCGGGGACAGGGAGAGGGGCGAUUCUCUCUGGGGACGGGGAGGCUGUUGCGGCGGACUCUCCAGAGGCCUCGGGGACAGGGAGAGGGGCGAUUCUCUCUGGGGACGGGGAGACAGAGGGAGGGAAGGAGUCUCUGGAGGACGAGCACGGCUCCGAGCACGGUUUCAACUUGGGGCGUCUCUCUCAGUUGCACGAAAGUCGGACGCUCGCUGACCUGAUGCUCGUGUCGGAGCGAGAGUACACUCGGGAACUGCAGGAGGCGGAGAAGAAACUGAAGAACGAGAAGAUGCUGUCCUGGCUCUGGGGGAGACGCGGGUCGGGGGCUGAGAACGAUGAGAAGCGAGAUGCAGAGCGCGAGGAGAAAAAAGUGGGCGAAGAAAAGAGCGAACAGGGACGCGAAGACGAACUCGCAGAAGAAGACGAAGAUGAAGAACCGCUCCUCGUGCAGAUGUCCCAAGGCGUCUUCGUCGACUCCCUCAAAGUCUUCUCCCACAGACGACUCUACGCGAACGCCAGGGGAGAUAUCUUGGUUCCUUUGGGCACUGCCGCGAUUGAUCCCUCUUUGCCGGCCAACGCCGAGCUGCAGAAAAUCCUUAAUUGCACGCCGAGAAGUAUGAUCGUCGGCUCCGGACGAGUCGUGAUGAUCAGUCACCCGGAAAGGCCGCCUUUGUACGUUGCUUCUUCCAGUUUGGAGGAAGUGUUAUCGUCUUCUGCACUCCACAAUGACGCCUUGCCUCGUCCACCAUUCCUUUCGCAACAGUCAACGCACUACCUGUCGCCCGCAAGUUCCGCAGAGGGACCGGCUUUACAGCUGUCGGGGAGCGCGGUGUCUGCGUCGGAUUCAGAUCUCCCUGUCCCUUCCGGUUCGGAGCUUCCGAGCUGUGAGUCCGGCGUGCGGGCGGCAGAAACAAAGACAGCGAAGGGAGGCGAGUGCGAAGAAUACAAAGACGCGACGGCGACGAGGGAAACAGACGGAGGCGCGGGACCGGAGGAAGGGAAACGCCAGGAGACUUCGACGGAUUUAGAUCCGCCUGAACAUCCCUCUUCCUUCCCGACUGUGUCCUCGCCGUCUUCUCUCUUCUCCUUCUCGCUGCGGCGCUCGUCUUCCUCAUCCGGCUGGCGGGAAUGGCUCAAACUCAACACGCACGGCGAAAUCGAGGCCGCGAUGGCCAGUCGCCUCAACGAAGUGAAGUGGACGAAAGUGAUUGUGGACUUUCCCACAUUCGUCCCCGUUGCUCACGACAGCAUCAAUGCCAGUGGGAAAAGUCGUUUCCGCACGUGGGUAACGGCGGGCGGUCGCCCUAUAGUCGAGCAACUCGUCGACUGGCUGGUCUCGUCUCUGGACGAAGCUCUGGCAGCCGAUCGACUCAAGCAAGUCGAGGUUUUUGAUUCAAGCAAAGAGUAUUAUGUUUCUGAAAAACGGAAUGCGUAUAGUUGA